AUGUCUGAGUCCACAUCCAUCAUGGAGUUCAGUGGCACGCAUCAGGCGUUCUGCGACCGCUGGGCCAAAACAGAUGACAACAUGUGCAGACAUAGCAUGUCCUUAAACCUGCACAACACGCUGAGACAGGAGUUCUUCGCCAGCUACCUUUACCUGCUGGAGCAGACCCCUCUGGUAAAACUGUAUCCAGUGACCUGCGAGUACAUCAAUGGGGAGAAGCAGUUCUACUACCGAGCCCAGAACUUCUACAAAGGCGUACCAGUGUCAGAGGAGGGCAUGAUGGGAGAUUUCGUGGAGAUCUCGGAGGUGGACCUGGAGGGCUCCAGACAGUUUCUGAAGAAGUUUGUGGGUCCAGGAAAGGCUGGUACCAAGCGGGCGCUGGACUGUGGCUGUGGAAUUGGACGGGUAUCUAAAGGUGUUCUGUUCCCCGUAUUUGAAACCAUGGAGAUGCUGGACAUGAUGGAGGACUUUAUUCUCCAUGCGCAUGAGUGUUACUUGGGUGACUACGCUGACCGUGUGGAGACCUACUAUGUCUACAACUUGCAGGACUUCAUCCCUUUACCCGACAGAUAUGAUGUCAUCUGGAUGCAGUGGGUAGCCUGUCAUCUGACAGAUAAAGACCUGAUGGAGUUCCUGAAGAGAGCAAAGGAGAGCCUGACACCCAACGGGGUCAUCAUCAUGAAGGACAAUAUGGCACGGCAGGGCUGCAGGCUGGACCCCGUCGACAGCAGCAUCAUCCGCCACUUGGACAUCAUGAAGAGCAUUAUCCAGAAAGCUGGUCUGACCAUACUGGACGUGGAGAAGCAGGAGGGCUUUCCUGAGAUCAUCGUGCCUGUUUGGAUGAUUGCCAUGCGCUAA